CAGUACGUCAUACAGUAGAUCUGCUUAAGUACUGCAAUCGAUUAAAGUUCAUGUAAACCAUUAAUGACUACGGUGGAAGUGUAUCACGUGGUGUUUAAGAAGCCGGUGCCGUCACAUUCACAGGAAAAACAAUCGCACUGGACACCUCUAUUAUUUUGCAGCAGUUCCGUGCAGUGACACCUCAACUAAGUGAAGCAUGGUGGUGGCAGCAUCAUGCCCUGGGGGCUUCUCAGAAGCAGGCACAGGGAGGUUGAUCAGAAGCAAGGGAAGACUGAACGCAGCUAAGUGUAGAGAGUUCCUUAUAGAAAACCUGCUCCAAAAUGCAAAGACUUGAGCCUGGGGUGCCAAUUCACCUUUUAUAACAUGACAGUGACCUUAAGCAUACAGCCAAGACAAGACUAGAGUGGCUUCGGGUCAGAUCUCUGUCCUUGAGUGGACCAGCCAACAGAUUUAAACCCCGCAGAACAUCUGUAUAGAAACCUGAAGAUGGCAGUUCACAUGCUUCCAUCCAGUCUGACAGAGUUUGAAAGGAUCUGUUUGUAAAGCUCACAGAGACUUACCCAAGGAGAUUCAAAGCUGUAGUUGGUGCCAAAUGAACUUUAUAAAGUAUUAAAUUAAUGGUCUGAACACUUUUGUAAAUGAGUGAUUGCAGUUUUAGUUCUGAAUGACUAACCAAAUUUUCUAAACAUGUUUUCACUUUGUGCUACUGAAUGUAGAUCAGUGCUGCAAAAUAGCAACUUGAUCCAUUUAGAAUUAAAUCUACAGCGCAAUGAGGUGUGCAAAAAAAGUUUAUAUAUUUUGUAAAGCCACUAUACUGCUGCCCUGCCUUUUCUUUCUCCCCUGUAGCCCCUUGGCAGGUCUCUUCUUUCGCACACUCACCCUCCUGGAACAUGACAUAAAGCCAGUCUUUGUGUUGGAUGGAAGGCCUCCUGCAGAAAAGACACCUGUUCUUGAGAAGCGAGCUAAGGCGGCUGGUUGGAGAUCACCGAACUGCAUGGGCACAGAGUCUUCUCAGAAGGAAAAUUGCAUUAAACUUCUGGAGCUUCUGGGUGUACCUGUUGUCAAGGCUCCAGGGGAUGCUGAGGCACUGUGUGCCCAGCUGGUGAAAAGGGGGACUGUGGAUGCGGCGGCGUCAGAGGAUAUGGAUACACUGCCAUUUGGAGCCAGUUUUCUUAUUCGCCAUCUGAAUGCUAAGAGGGACAGUAAUGUUAUUGAAUAUUCUUUAACCAAGCUGUUAGAUAAGCUGAACAUUACACAUAAGGAGUUUGUUGACCUGUGUAUUCUGUUGGGCUGCGACUACUGUGACAAGAUAACUGGACUGGGUCCUAAAAAGGCUCUGACUCUGAUCCAGAAGCACCAUACGAUUGAGAAUGUGGUUUUACAUAUCAACAGACAGGCCCAUACUGUGCCCAUGUCCUGGGGGUACAAAGAAGCACGAAAAAUAUUCUUGGAUGCUCCACAAACUGAAGUUCCUGAACUCAAAUGGACUGAGCCAAAUGAAGAAGCCUUGGUUAAGUUCCUCUGUCAGGCCGGACACAUUAAGGAGAACAGAAUCAGUCAUCGCAUGGAGACGUUUCGUAAGACGCGGGAGAAGCGGGAAAGAGAGAGGGCAGCUGGACAAAGCAGGCAAACUCAAAUGCAGGACUUCUUUAGAGUGACCAGAAAGAGGGGGAAGCCCAUGGAAGCUGCAGAUGCUUCAAGCAGCGGCAUAAAGAGACCAAAGUCAAAAUAACCACCACUGUCUGCCACCUGCUCCCUUCACCAUCAAAGUUGGGAAAAAGUUGUUUUCAACCCUGUCUGCCUGAGUAGUAUGGGGAAAAAAACAGAAGGCAUGUCUUGUCUUAAGGUCUCUGUAAAUCUGUGAUUCUGGUCUUGAAUUUAUGUCAUGAGAUACUUUGUUUUUCAACAGACCAGCAGCUUUAACAUCAUGUCAUCGACCAAACUGUAUUUCAUUUAUUUUUUUCCUUUGUAACUCUAUUUAUGAGGUUUCAGCAGCUUUAUAUCUUUUUAUAUAAUGGUUUUGCAGGGGACUGAGCUUUGAAAUUCCAAGUGCCUUUUAGUUUCCAUGAAGAAGCCAAAACAGGCAUAUUGUAUGACACUGACUUCAUCUUUGUGUCUGCAUGGGAGUGCUACCAUCUGUCCAUCCAUCCACUAACUAUACUGUUUAUCCUGAAGAGGGGGGGGGGCUGAAGCCAAUCCCAGCUGACA